AUGGAUCAGAAUAUUCAGCCAGCGGCUAAUAGCCGGAAUGAUCUCGAGAUGGAGAUGGUGCCCUCCGCAGGGAAGAAGGACGAAUACGAACCUGAAAACCACGAUGCCGUCUUUGGCGAGAUCACUGAAGAAGGCCCCGACUACCGAAGCGUCGGUCUCAUCGGCACAGCUGGUCUCAUGAUGAAGACGCAAAUCGGUCUCGGCGUACUGUCAAUCCCAGCGACAUUCGACGCGCUCGGUUUGAUUCCCGGAGUCAUCUGUCUAGUCGCCGUCGGACUUAUCACGACCUGGUCAGAUUGGAUCGUCGGCGUCUUCAAGCUUCGCCAUCGCCAUGUCUACGCUAUUGAUGAUGCAGGCGGUAUGAUGUUUGGACGCGUUGGAAAAGAGUUCUUUGGAUUUGCCAUGUGGCUACUCUGGGUUUUCGUGUCAGGCGCCGGUAUGCUGAGCUUGUCUAUUGGUCUCAACGCUGUCUCGACGCAUGGCGCGUGUACAGCAAUCUUCAUCGCCAUCGCCGCAGUCUUGGGCUUUGGUCUUUCCAGCAUCCGAACGCUGGGCAAGAUGAGCUGGCUCGCAUGGGUUGGCGUCAUCAGCAUCAUGAUCUCAGUCUUGAUGGUGACCAUCGCAACGGGUGUCCAAGACCGACCGGCCGCUGCUCCUCAACAGGGCGAAUGGGUCCCCGACUACAAGCUCUUCCAAAAGCCGACUUUCCUCCAAGCAGUUGCCGCGAUCUGCUCGCAUGUGUCUGCUUAUGGUGGCACCCCGGGUUUCUUCGCUAUCAUUGCUGAGAUGCGCAAGCCAGAGGAUUACACGAAGGCACUGGCUAUCUGUCAGGGCGCCAUCACGGUGGUUUACGUUACUGUGGGCGUUGUUAUGUACUACUACUGUGGUUCUUACGUGUCUUCGCCAGCGCUCGGAUCGGCUGGUGUUGUCAUCAAGAAGGCUAGUUAUGGUGUAGCUAUUCCAGGUUUGAUCGUCACGAUCACUUUGGUCACACACUUGCCCAGCAAGUACAUGUUCGUCCGACUCCUCCGAAACACCAAGCAUCUCGCCUCCAACUCAUGGGUCCAUUGGACGACAUGGCUCGGCUGCACCUUCAGCGUUACAAUCCUCGCCUACAUCAUCGCAAGCGCCAUCCCUAUCUUCUACUCCUUGAUUUCCCUGAUCGGAGCUCUCCUGGCCACUCUCCUGUCCUUCCAAGCGAUGGGCUUCAUGUGGUUCCACGACAACUGGCAGCAUCGCAACAUGUCGGCUCAGUGGAUAUUGGCGUGUGCUUGGGCUGUUUUCGUCAUCGCUUCUGGUACUAUGCUGCAGGUGGCUGGUACCUAUGGAUCAGUUCUGGAUAUCGUCAACGCUUAUAAGGCGGGUGGCGGUACGACCAUCGCCCACGCUGCUCUCACCUCUAAUACCAUUUACGAUGUUGAGCCCUAA